AUGGCAACCUUAAUUUCAACUAAAGACCACGCUGCGCGCAAAAGAAUGAUGGCGCCUAUGUACUCAAAAUCGAACAUCCAAAACUCUCAUUCUGUAGCUUCGAUACUGGAUAAGGUAGUUUUGAACACCCUCGGGAAUGAAGUUGAGCACUGGGCCAAAACAGAAACAACAAUCGAUGUGCACUCCAAAUUCAGGGCUUGCGCUACUGAUAUAACUUCCGCCUGGGUUUAUGGAAUCGAUCGAGGUACUGAUUGGCUCCACGAUGAAUCUGAUGCAAAGUUCUUCAUCGAAAAUUUCAACCAGAGUGGUGCGGGGUUCUUCUGGCGAAGCGAAUUUUAUGGACUGGUAAAGGUCCUUGCGAAAAUCGGCCUUCGACUGGUUCCAAAAUUAUCAGACGGAUCGCAUCGAAAAUUGCAAGAGUGGUCCCAGAAGAAAUGCAACAUGCUCGAAGUUAGCAUGAAAGAAAAGGAAAGUGAUGAUUCCAAAGCUCGAACAAACAAAAGAAGUACCGGGACUCAUCUAUAUGGCGAACUGCGUUCGGCUUUGAAAGAGACGACCCAGGAAAAUACUAUACUUCGGGACGAGACGUUUGACCAUAUACUAGCAAAUCAGGCGGGAACGGAAAUUGCGCUGACAUACACCGCAUACUCCCUAUCCCUCCAUCCUCAAUGGCAAGACCGACUUCGAAAGGAAUUUAUGGAGAACCCGGUAGACCUUGAUGAAGACUUCCUGUAAGGGUGCGAUAGCGACAAGGUCAACUGUAUACGUAAGAUCUAAAUUGUCUACAAAGAGUGGAAGUGAUCGUAAGAUCUGAGGCUAUUUACAGUUCCAAGGGCACGGGCCACAUCGCUUCCUCCACGUCUGUACCCUCACACUUCCUCUCACCAAGAGCACUUGAUAAACUACCAAUUAUCGAUGCCAUCCUUACAGAGACAUUACGUUUAUACGCUCCAGAACCAGGACCUUGGCCACGUAGCCAUCCAAGCGCUACCACAACCCUCGGUAAAUAUACCGGCAUUCCACCAGGAACCAUCAUCAGUGCCUCGGCUUUCUCGCUUCAUCGAAACAAGGAGGUAUUUCCGGAUCCAGAAGAGUGGCGCCCAGAGCGAUGGUUGGAGGCUACACCCGAAAAACGCGCCGAAAUGUGGAAGUGGUUUUGGGCAUUUGGUAGCGGGACCAGACCGCAAUUCCGAUUCUGUAAUUUCUUAAUGUCAACCCUUUUUGUUGAAAGAUGCACCAUCGGUUACGACAAUCUUGCUUUGGAAGCUGGUAGAUAUACUCGCUCGAGGAAAGCAAUAUAUAUUCUCAGCGGAACAAGGGUAUUCUCUGGAAAUUAUGUUUAUGUAGGAUGGGGCAUGAAUUUUCGAAAGGUUGAUGCUCUGUAUGGAGCUCUAUCCCAAAUUAACUAUAUCUGA